AUGCACCUUAAUGACAUCAUCACUAAUACUAAUGACAUUGUUAACGAGAUCUAUGGAGAAUGUCUCUCCGACGGAAACUUUGAGGACAUGAAGGAUCGAGCAAUUCUUGCACCCCUAAACAAGGACGUCGACACAAUUAACAACACCGUUAUCAAUUUAAUUCCUGGAACCGAGACCAUUUAUAAAAGUUACGAUUCAAUUAAAGAUGAACCAGAAGGUGCCUUAAAGUUUCCCCCAGAAUUCCUAAACUCUAUCGAGAUUUCAGACCUACCACCACACCAGCUCAGACUAAAAAGUAAUACCAUUAUCAUGCUCCUUCGUAACCUUGACGUCUCAGAGGGUCUGUGCAAUGGCACUAGACUGAUAGUUACAGCACUCUGUCCUAACAUAAUAAAAGCCAAGAUCAUCACUGGUGAACACUCUGGCCGAGACGUGCACAUACCGAGAAUCACCCUUGAUUCAUGCAAGUCUCAGCUAGGGUGUUCACUACAAAGACACCAAUUCCCUAUUCGGCCAGCCUUUGCGAUGACAAUACAUAAAUCGCAAGGGCAAACAUUUAAAUAUGUCGGCGUCGUGCUACAAACGCCUGUAUUCAUGCAUGGCAUGCUAUACGUUGCAUUUUCAAGGGUAAAGCGUAGAAGUGCAUUGAAAGUGGUGGUACCGCCAGAAACAGGUGGUCGCACACGCAACGUAGUGUGGACCGAAGUUUUUAAUUGA